AUGGUGCAGCUGCUCAAGUUUCUGCAAAAGCGCAAGCAGCAGUACUUUAUGCCUGCGUACACGGAUGCCAGCACGUUUACGCUCCCGACAGAGGAAGAGGCGGCAAAGGCUGAUGACGCGGCGCCCGAGGUGACGACCAAGCCGGCCCCGAAGAAGAAGGGCGGCAAGAAGGCACCGGCAAAGAAGUCGACCAAGGCAACCAGCAAGGCGAAGAAGACGGAGGCCCACGAGGUGGACGAGACCACGAACGCUGCCACCGACGGUCCCACGGACGGCGAGAAGCCGACGGGCGACGCCGUCGAGAGCUCCGAGAGUGCCGACGCCGCGGAGAAGGUCGGCGAAACAACGGAGACGGUCGGCGAAACAACGGAAAAGGUCGACAAAACGACGGAGGAAUCUGCCAAGGAGAUUGCCGCGACGACCGAGGAUCCCUCGACGCCCAUUGCGUAA